UCACUCCCCGCGGAGUGGCUUCCCUUUUCCGCUUCGAGGGAGAGAGAAAGAGGAGCAUACACAAAUUAGUAAUGGACGAGGCGAAGAAGAGGAGGCUGGAAGAAACAGGGAGCGGAGAAGAGGAGGCGUCGGGAUAUGAGGGGGCGGAUGAGGGGGCGGUUGAGCAGCUUCGUUCGCUUUUGGACCCCCUCAAAAAGGAGCAGCUUCUUGAUCUCCUAAUCAAGCUAGGGUCCCAAAAUCCGCAGAUUGCUGCUGAAAUUAGAGAUGCUGCCUGUUCAGAUCCUGUUCACCGAAAGCUUUUUGUGCGUGGAUUGGCCUGGGAUACCACCUCAGAAACCUUGUGUGAUGCAUUUCUGGUGUAUGGAGAAAUAGAGGAAGGUGCUGUCAUAAUGGACAAGGCAGCAGGAAAAUCUCGUGGAUUUGGGUUUGUGACUUAUAAGGAUAUGGAGUCAGCUCAGAGGGCCUUGAAGGAACCCAGCAAGCUGAUUGAUGGGCGUUUGACUGUUUGUAACUUGGCAUGUGAAGGCUUAACUAGUGCUUCUGCAAGUACUGAUCAAGCACAGAGGAAGCUCUAUAUUGGGGGCCUCUCAACUGAUAUUUCAAGCAAAACUCUGCUUAGUUGGUUCUCAAAGUACGGUGAGAUAGAAGAAGGCUCUGUUGCUUAUGACAAAGACACAAACAACUCACGAGGAUUCGGCUUCAUUACAUUCAAGACAGUUGAGGCAGCUAAGAAGGCAAUUGAUGACCCAGCCAAGGUCCUAGAGGGGAGAGCCAUUACGGUCAAGCUUGCAGAUACGCAAAAAAACAAAGGACCAACACAGUUACCAGCUGCUGUUAUUCCAGUGGCCUUUUCCCUUCCUCCUGGUUAUCCCCCUGUAAAUAUAGCUGGAAAACCAGCUAUUAAUAGCUCUACACCUCCUCUUGGUUACUCUGGUUAUCCAGCUGGUUUUCCAGCUUAUCCCUCAUAUCCAAGUGCUGCUCCUCAGUACCCACAACCUGUAAAUGCAUCUUAUGGACCAGUGGCUGGAAAACCACCACAGGUUGGUAUGACUACUGGAGCGAAUGCUGGAGUUGGUGCAUACCCUUAUUAUGCCAUGAAGAAAUGAGGUUGGAGCUAAUGCUAGUUGCUGGUUACCCCUAUUAUGCCAUGAAGAAAUGAGGUUCGUAUGGCUAGCAAUUUCAUGGGCACCUUUAUUAUGUCAUGCAGAAUAUCUCUCUUUCUGCUCAUUAAACUACUUAAUCUAUUUUGCUUUGUGUAUUUCUAACUUAGAAAUUUAGGAUUGUGUAUUGGUUUUUAUUUUUUGGGUGUGGGGUUAGAAGUGCUGAGUGUUUAAUGUAACAAGAGGUUGCCAUUUCUGGAUUAGCCAACUUCUCUAGAUUGGUUAAUGGGUCUUACAACUUUGGCUUUGUUAACUUGUCCUGUAGUGCAACUUACAGUUUUGUACACUUUUUCUCUUUGAAUCGAAUGUCUCUUAAAUGCAACUUUUGAAGUGCUUUGAAAUCA